AUUGACCCUCCCCCCUAAUUAAUUUAUUUUUUCUUUCCGGAAUUUUGAAAUUAUAAAUUAUUUUCUUUUGCUUGGAUACAUUAAUAUAAUAUAUUCAAUAUGUCAACUAGCGAGACACUAUCACUGGUUCCAAACUACUCUCCUGGUUAUGGUUCAACACCAAAUGGAGAUACUCACAAUACUCAUAAACCAUCAUCAUCUCAAACGGUUUUGCAUACUUCCCCACCAACUCCAACUAUUCGUAAAUCUAUUAAAAUCGUACUUACUUCUUCUAAGAUAAAUAUUUUGUUGAUUUUUAUACCACUCGGAUAUUUGGCUCAUAUAUUUGAUUUGAGUGAUAAUUGGGUUUUCAUACUAAAUUUUUUGGCUAUAAUUCCAUUGGCUAAAUUACUUGACUUUGCAACUGAAGAACUUAGUUUAAGAGUUGGUGAGACAAUUGGUGGAUUUUUAAAUGCUACUUUUGGUAAUGCAGUGGAAUUAAUUGUUUCCGUAGUAGCACUAAUGGAAGGUGAAAUACGCGUAGUUCAAGCAUCAAUACUUGGGUCAAUCAUUUCAAAUUUGCUAUUAAUAUUGGGAAUGUGUUUUGUUGCGGGAGGAAUAUAUCAUGAAGAGCAAAAAUUUAAUCAAACUGCUGCACAAACAACCUCAAGUUUGAUGACUUUGGCGUGUAUUGGUUUAAUCAUUCCCGCCGCUUUUAAUUUUGCUGUUGGAAAUAAUAACCCUAUCAUUGAUGAUGGUAUAACGAAAAGCGGACUUUUAGAUUUGUCUCGUGGAACGGCAGUUGUUUUAUUGAUAAUUUACAUACUUUAUCUUUAUUUCCAAAUGAAAACUCAUUCAAACUUAUAUCAAGGAGAAGAAGAAGAAGAAGAUAAUGAUCCUCAAUUAUCACUUGGUGUAUCAAUAUUUUUACUGGCUUCUAUAACAGUUAUUGUUUCUUUCUCUGCUGAUUAUUUAGUUGGUUCAAUUGAAGGAAUUGUUGAAUCCUCUGGAUUAAGCAAGACCUUUGUCGGUUUAAUUUUAAUACCUAUUGUUGGUAAUGCUGCUGAGUUUGUUACCGCUAUUAAUGCCGCGAUGAGAAAUAAAAUGGAUCUUGCCGUCAACGUUUCUGCUGGUAGUUCUAUGCAAAUUGCACUUUUCGUUACACCAUUCCUUGUUCUACUUGGAUGGGCAAUAGGACAAGACAUGUCAUUAUAUUUUCAAUCAUUCGAAACUGUUGUACUAUUUAUUUCAAUUUUGAUAACAAAUUAUCUAAUUCAGGAUGGUAAAUCAAAUUGGUUAGAAGGCGUUAUGUUGCUAGCAACAUAUAUCAUUAUAUCUUUAGCUUUCUUCUUUUAUCCCAAUGAUAAUGAAUCUUAAAAAAACUAAUUUUAAAAUCUGAGAUUUUAAAAAAGUAAAUAUCACGUCAAAUUUUUUAUAAAAAAAAAAAGAAAAGAAAAAAAAAAAAAUUAUUAUUGUUUAUAUAUUGUAUAUUGUUUAUUUAUAUUUAUAGAUAUUAGUCGUUUAUUUAUUUAUACUAUAGAUUGUAUGAUCAGAAAAUAAUUUAACUAUUUAUAUAUUUAUUUAUUUAA